AUGGUCGCUGCCCCUCAUGCGAACCAGUUUGUUGACUCCCUCGUCCUUAUGCGUGUCAUGCGCAGCGAAGCCCACCGUCGAAUCUCAUGGCUCAUCGCCGAAAAGUCCUUCCGACGAAAGUUCAUCGGUCUACUUGCUAGGGGUAUUGGAACGCUCCCGGUCGCCCGAGCUAUGGACAAUUUGAAACCCGGAACUGGAACUAUCUACCUCCCUGAUCCCGUGAACGAGCCCACCUUACUACGAGGCGUGGGGACCAACUUUGAAGGCCCGGGUUUUGAAAAGGAGGGGACUAUUGCACUGCCGACCAUCAACGGAACAUCCCAUAGCACGGCCAUUGCGGAAAUUCGUGGAGCGGAGGAAUUGGUUUUGAAGAAGCCCUUCAAACACCGGGAUGCGCUCGGUCAGCUUACGGGGAGACAAGACAUUGAUAAGGAAGGCCAAUUUACAGGAGAUCCUAAGGAUCAGGUUCAGGAUUUCAAGGGUACUAAGUUCAAGGUUGCCCCGCAUGUGGAUCAGACGGCUGUCUAUGAAGCUGUCUUUGGGAGAUUAAAUGAUGGCGGCUGUGUGGGUAUCUUCCCCGAGGGUGGUAGCCAUGACCGCACAACUUUGCUUCCCCUGAAAGCUGGUGUGGCCCUCAUGGCCCUUGGAACUCUGGCGGACAACCCGGAUUGUGGUCUGAAGAUUGUGCCCACCGGCAUGAACUAUUUCCAUGCCCACAAGUUUCGCUCUCGUGCUGUAAUUGAGUUUGGCAACCCGAUUGAAGUCCCCAGAGAAUUGGUCGAGCAGUUCAAGAAGGGCGAACGUCGGGAAUCCGUCGGUGCUCUCUUGGACAUCAUCUAUCAAAGUCUUGUCGCCGUUACCGUUACCAGUCCAGAUUACGAAACUCUCAUGGUCAUCCAAGCAGCCCGUCGUUUGUACAACACCAAGGGGAAGAAGCUACCUCUCCCAAUGGUUGUGGAGCUCAAUCGUCGAUUAGUCAAAGGAUACGCGCAUUUCAAAGAUGACCCACGAAUUGUGAAUCUCAGGAAGGGGAUCGUGAGCUACAAUAAGCAGCUGCGCAUCCUCGGAAUCCGUGACCACCAAGUGGCGUACGCCAAGUUCUCCAUUAUACAAGUGAUUGCUACUUUGAUUUAUCGAUUAGGCAAGCUUGUUCUUCUUACAAUCGGAACCUUGCCUGGUCUGAUCCUUUUUGCUCCCGUCUUUGUCGCAACCAAAUAUCUUUCGAUCAAAAAGUCCCAAGAAGCAUUGGCCGCAUCCAGCGUCAAGCUACAGGGACGUGAUGUUAUGGCUACAUGGAAGCUUCUAAUUGCGCUUGCAUUUGCUCCGGCCGUAUACGCUUUCUACACCACCGUCUUCACCUAUUGGACCUAUCGGAAUCGGAUCCACGGCUGCAUGCCUGACUGGGUUCCCCUCUGGUUGGUAGUGGUGCUUGGCAUGGUAUUAUUCCCAACAAUUAGUUUCGCUGCCCUACGCAUUGGUGAAGUAGGCAUGGACAUUGUCAAAUCGCUACGACCGCUGGUUCUCUCUCUGAAUCCUUCCUCGGCCAACACAUUGGUGAAACUCCGAGCCAGACGCGUUGCACUUGCCCAGCAAGUAACGGAUGCCAUUAACACUAUGGGCCCUGAGCUCUUCCCCGACUUUGACGCCGCUCGCAUUGUCACCGAUCCCUUCCGCGAAAUCAGCUACGAAGAAGACGCAUCUGCAGAAGCACCGCUCCUCAAACGAGCUCGCGACGAGGAUCUGGCCCAGGGAUCACCCAGUGCUGAGCCUCUACCCAGAAACGAAUCAUUCCACAACCUGGCCAACAUUGGCUUCUUCUCUACAAGACCCCCUAGUCGCAACCGCAGUCGCAGUAGCUCUGCAGCACCGCGCCCAGGCUCCCGACAUGGUCUCAAACCUCUUAGCCCCAUGACCCCCAGUGAACCCGACCCUCUAGGAGAUGUGAGUUCACGUAUACGAGAGGCUAUGAGAGAGCGCGGCGAGCGACGUCGCCGUCGAAGUGAGGAUGGGAGCUGGGAUAUGGCCAGCUCAGGAACAAGAACUCCAUCUAGCGGAGAUGAAGGCCGCAAAGAUCUAUGA